CCUUUAUUAAUUUUCAUUUGACUCACUCAAUAAUACUUAACAGUUAACACAAUCUGAUCUGAUUCCCACAAAUGGUUGCCAUGGAGAAUCCUCUUGUUAGCCCUUAUAAGAUGGGCAAGUUCAAUUUAUCCCACAGGGUGGUGUUGGCACCACUCACCAGACAAAGAUCCUACAACCAUGUUCCUCAGUCCCAUGCUGCCUUGUACUACUCUCAGAGAGCUUCCAAGGGAGGCCUUCUCAUAUCUGAAGCUACUGUCAUCUCUCUCUCUUCUCAAUGGUAUCCCAACAUACCGGCAAUAUGGACUAAGGAGCAGGUCCAAGCAUGGAAGCCUAUUGUAGAUGCUGUCCAUGCCAAAGGUGGCAUCUUCUUUUGUCAGAUUGGCCACGUUGGAAGGGUUUAUGAUCCAGAGUAUCAUCCAGACGGGCAAGAGUUAAUAUCCUCCACGGACAAGCCACUCACACAGUUCACACCACCUAGGAGGCUAAGAACAGAAGAAAUUUCACAUGUUAUCAAUGACUUUCGACUUGCUGCUAGGAAUGCUAUAGAAGCUGGUUUUGAUGGGGUUGAGAUCCAUGGCGCUCACGGCUUUUUACUGGAGCAAUUUAUGAAAGACAAGGUGAAUGAUCGAACGGAUGAGUACGGUGGAUCGCUUGAGAAUCGUUGUCGUUUCACUUUGGAAGUUGUUGAAGCUAUUGUGAAUGAGAUAGGAGCAGAAAGAGUUGGAAUUAGACUAUCACCUUAUGCAGAUUAUGCAGAAUCUGGAGACUCCAAUCCAGAAGCAUUGGGGCUUUAUUUGGUUAAUGCCCUCAACAAAUAUGGUAUUCUCUACUGUCACAUGGUUGAACCAAGAAUGAAAACUGUAGGAGAAAAAGUUGAAAGCCCUCACAGCCUUGUGCAGAUGAGAAAAGCCUUCAAUGGCACUUUUAUUGUUGCUGGAGGAUAUGACAGAGAAGAUGGGAUCAAAGCUAUAAGAGAAAACAGGACAGAUCUUGUUGCAUAUGGUCGUUUGUUCUUGGCUAAUCCAGAUUUGCCAAAGAGAUUUGCACUUGAUCAUGCUCCUCUCAACAAAUACAAUCGCCAAACAUUCUACACUUCUGAUCCUGUUAUUGGUUAUACUGAUUAUCCAUUUCUUGAAUGAACUCAUGUUUCAUAAUUUUUGUUUAGUAGUUCGAUAAGGACGAUGAUGCUACAUAAUUUUUUGGGUCAUUGCUUAGAAUCAAGUUUAUAUAUAGUGCACAAGGUUCAAGAUUUAGCACAUAGCAUGUAACUACUAUGUAUUUGUAAUUUGUUUGCAAUAAUCUUAAUAUGGCCCAACAAUUACGCAAGAA